AGUAUGGUGACACGAUAUGUCAGUUCUCUCGUGAUAGCCAUUAUUCGCUGUGUCUAGAAACUGCUGAUUUUCAUCGAUUUUCAACCGGAUUGUUGAGCAAAACAAUGGAAGUAGCAGUUAUAGUUGCCUUCGCAUUCCUCAGCAUGUUUACAUUAUGCGAGGAAACGUACGCUUUUCCCGAUGAGACAAAAAUCGACACCACUAUGAAGGAUGUAAAGGAACUUAAAGAUAUCAAAGACGCGGCGACCGCGUCGAAAGACAUAAAGGACGCUAUCAAGGCGGCCAAGGAAGCCAAGAAGAAUAAGAAGGAUUGCACGCGAGAUUGCGGAAUUGAUUAUGAUCCUAUUUGCGCUCAUGAUCCUCUUGACUCCAGCUUUAAACCGAGAUCUUUUGGCACGCAGUGCGCUCUGGAUAUUCACAAUUGCGAAAUGGGCACAAAAUUGACUGUGAAGAGCAAAGGGGAGUGUCCUGGAUCCGGUGGAGUAAGAUUAUAAAUAAUUACCCGAUUUUGGAAAAUCAUCAAGAAACGCGGGGUAGAAUACUAAUCGUCGAAUGAACUGUUAGAUUAUUAUCGUGAAUUUAUUUAGUUUGAAUAUAUAAAUCUUUACAUAUCGUAACAUAAUGCGUAUAACUUUUCCUCUAACGAUAACAGAAUAGAGGUGGUGACACCUAAGAGAAAGCUGGAUAUAAUCACACGACAAGAUUAGCGACAAAAUUGAUAACUAAACUAAACGCUAUGUAUGAAUAUACAAUAUGAAGUGUAUCUAUCUAAUAAAUAUUAACGAUGAGCAACAA